AUGGGACCCAGUGCGGGGGCUGGUGUUGUCUUGAUCUCUCCAAAGGGAAACACGCUCCGCUACGCAAUCCGUCUCCACUUCAAGGCCUCAAACAACGACACAGAGUACGAAGCCCUCGUCAACGGGCUACGUAUUGCCAUCGAGCUCGGCGCGACACGGCUCUACGUCCUCGAUGACUCAGAACUAGUGGAUGACCAAGUCAUGAAGGAGUCCUCCUGCAAAAGUCCACUCAUGGCAGCAUACUGCCAAGAGCUGCGGAAGCUCGAGGGCGAGUUAUGGGGAAUCGAACUGCACCACGUCCAGCGAAAGGACAACGACACUAUUGACUCCAUAGCAAAAUUGGCGGCCAAGCAGGAUCCGGUCCCGGACGGAGUCUUCAUGAACGAUCUUCAUGAGCCAUCCGCCCGCAUCCAGGUUGUGGUCCGCAGGUGCGAGAGGUGGCAGUUCUACGCCUGGCAGACUCACCUGCCGGCACAGGAACUCCAGACCAUCCCCAUCACCUGGCCAUUCGUAUUCUGGGGCCUCGACAUGGUCGGACCCCUCAAAAGUGCCCCAGGUGGGCGUGACCACCUGCUUGUGGCGGUGGACAGGUUCACAAAGUUGAUCGAGGCGAAGCCCAUCACCAACAUCGGCACACAAGAGGCAGUCGGGUUCUUCCUCAACAUCGUCUACCAGUUCGGCGUCCCUAACUGUAUCAUCACAGACAACAGAACAAACUUCACCGGCAAGAAGUUCCUGGAUUUCUACGACGGUUAUGGCUUCAGGGUCGACUGGGCCUCGGUCGGACACUCACGAACCAAUGGUCAGGUCGAGUAG